AUGCAACGCCCGUCUGUACCGAUACCGAACACCUCGGCUCCAAUCCUCCAACCAACCUGUGUGCUCUCAAUCUCCCUGUUCGAGCAACGAAAGCGACGCGAGCCGUCCAUAUAAAUCCACGUCGCCGCCACCAGAUUUCGGAGGCCACCCCGAAUUUCCACCCGGCGGAGGAAGUCCCUUUGUCUCUCUUUCGAGGGAUCCCUCCGUUCAGCCCGGCGGCGGCGAUGGCAUCGGCGGCGCCGGUGCCUAUGCCGGCGGUCUUCGCGGGGUGGUGGGAGCGCGUGAACGGCUCGCCGGCGUGGCAGGACGGGAUCUUCUGGGCCCUCGCCGCCCUCUACGGCCUCGUCGCUGCCUCCUCCUUCAUCCAAGUUGCCAGAAUACAGCAAAGAGUUCCUGAAUAUGGCUGGACAACACAAAAGGUCUUCCAAUUCCUUAAUUUUGUGGUUAAUGGAGCAAGGUGUUCUGUUUUCGCUUUCCGUCGCCAAGUUCAACAAGUGAAUCCUCAGAUCUUUCAGCAUGUUAUUCUUGAUCUGCCGGGGCUUGCAUUUUUCACUACCUACGCAAUGUUGGCACUUUUCUGGGCUGAAAUAUCUUAUCAAGCACGUGGUCUAGACACUGAUGGCCUGAGAUCAGGUUUCUACGCUAUUAAUGGUGUCAUUUAUGCAAUACGGGUAAAGCAGGUUCUGUUGUGGGGAUUGUUGUGGUGGAAUCCAAAUCCAUCUAUGCUCAUCCUUUCAAAGCUAUUUGUUGCUGGCCUGUCCUUUUCCGCUGCCCUGGGUUUUCUGCUUUAUGGAGGAAGGUUAUUCCUCAUGUUGAAACGUUUCCCUAUUGAGUCAAAAGGGAGGCAACAAAAACUGAGUGAGGUUGGCAGAGUGGCUGCUAUUUGUUCCUGUUGUUUUUUGGCACGAUGUGUGAUGAUGUGUUUCAAUGCCUUUGAUAAAGAAGCUGACCUCGAUGUUCUUGACCAUCCAAUUCUAAAUUUCGUCUAUUACUUGCUUGUGGAAAUUCUUCCUUCAUCUCUUGUCCUGUACAUUCUGAGGAGAAUCCCUUCCAAGCUACGGCUCUCACAGUACCAUCCCCUCAGCAGCGGCUAGAGAAAAGCACAUCCUGAGGUGAGCUGAAACAUGGAGAUGGUGCUGCAUUCAUACCUGAUUGCAGCCCCAAGACUCAAGAAAGGUUGGCCUACAGUCUGAUCGUUAACCCUUGUUCUUUUUUUGACUGAAAACAGUAGGAGAGGCUCCUACGAUCGUUAACCCUUGUUCAAAAUGUGCACAGUUAGGGAUCUGGAAUCUACAUGUAACCUGACCUCCUGCAGCUAACCUUGGAACAUCAAUGCGCUAAUUUCAUGUAAUUAAUUCGUUCUUAUUACUAUUAGGAAUCAAGCAUCUUGGCUUCUUUACCAGGCAAAAUUUGUCGUGAAGCAAUCUUUGUAUAACUGAAAAUCUGGGGUCAUAGACGAUGGACCACAGGCAAACCUUCUGUGUUUUGACGGAAAUCUUUGUCUUCUUUAAGUAAAAAUCCGAGCCGACUAUUGUACUUUA